GAGAACAAGCUCGCACAGACCUCCCGCAAUUUGUCCGCAUCGGCUUUGCUGUCCAGUUCGACUAUCCAGUGCGACUGCUCCUCCUCAAGAAUCUAAUUGUAAACCGCGCGGCCGUCGUUGGCAGUGCCGCGUAUUUUCGUGCAUCUCGGACCGAGGCUCGAUUUCGCAACAUGCAGUAUUCGGCUCUCUGCAUCGUCUUGGUGUUAGCGAUCACCGACUCCGUGUUCGUCCAGGCACAGCCGGACAAAGUGAUGCUGGUGAUUCCGCAACGGGCGAGGCGAAUGGGCGUGACCUCCUUGCGACCGGUGAUAUCGCGUUACAGGAAAUCAUCCCACGGCGGGGAACUCGAUCAUCGAAGAUAUCUGUUCUAUCGUCAAACGAAGAGACCCGGGUAUGGAAAACCGGUGUUCCCUCACGGCGGUGACGACUUCGAUCAAGGUUACGAACACGUGAACCACGUCCACGUUCCAUACGGAAAGAGCAUCAGCCACGCGCUCUCUUUCGGAAAGGGUUACAUUCCCUACGAUCGCAUGAAAGUCAGGGGCAGCUUUUCCUUCGGUAGCCAGAGGCAACCGGGGGCGCAGGAGCAGAAGAACUCGGAGCCGGAAUAUUCGUCGAGCGCGUACGCUUCGUCCGGUAGCGGCACUAGCUACUCGUCCUCGGGACCAUCGUAUGAAUCUUCGCCCUCAGAAUCGGAGACGCUCUUCUCGAGUCCGGAAAGCGCGAUUAGUUACAACGAAGGGUCGAACGAAGAUGAAAAUCAGAAAUUCUACACAUCGAGAUCUAUCGAGAAGGACACGACUGCGAACAAUCCUAUCGAUCUCCGAGGCAAGGAACAACUGUAUUUACUGCAGCAGAAAGGGACUAGCGAAUUUUACGAGAACGCAGGUCCCUCGCAAAGCGGUGGCGUCUCAUUACCGUCGGGUAUACCUUCGCCUACGAUCGGCGGUAGCAAAGAUGGAAUCGUAUUGAGGGAUUCGGUGGCUCUGGACGAUUAUCGGCAGAAGGUCCAAGAGAUGACUAAGUCCUGGUCGCAAUUUAUGCAGAAUCCAUCCGUGGCUAAUUAUAACUUUCAGAGUCAACCCAGCGGAAGUUACUCGUUCGCGUACGGGUCACCGGUCAACGUCUACGGUACUUAUAGUUGGCCGGUGAGCUUCGCGCAGCCGAAGCAAGGUUACGCCGUAAAGGAAGACACGAUGGAGUCGUCUCACGAUUUUCGAACGAUGCCUGUUAAUACAUCUCCCUAUCAGACCGGCACCGUUCCCAUGAAUGCGCAGAUAUCGGCUCUAGGGGUCACGCAAGCGCUCCUUGGAUAAAAUUAAAGUCGAUCCUCGAAAACUUUUUUCUUCAAUCGCGCAUAAAUGAAACGACUGUUAUGCUGACAUGCAUGGAGCUACCGUGACCCCAUGUGCAACUAUUUUACGAAAGUUAGAUGUAUAUGUAUAUGUAUAUAUAAACGAAGAACGGUUUCGCGUUUGGAUGAUGACUGGGUAGAGUAGUUAAGCGAAUUCAUGUUUAAAUUAUUUACGCUGUAUAAAUAUUCAUUAACGAUAGUUGGAAAUAUACGUGUAAACCUAUUUCCCAAUUUGUCUGCUCACCUAACGGCAGCUCCGACGGAAGUCGGAGCUCGAUCCGCGCGGCACGGCGAUCCGACACCGACGACGAGAUGCGAAUGCUCGAGAGGGAACGCAUCUUCCCCGCUUACUUUCGCUCGGCGAGGUCCGAUGACCUCGAACGACUGUAAGAGUGUAAGUUCGAAAGUCGAGAAAGUCGCUCCAUCCUCUCGAUCUCUUGCUCCUCCGCCGCUCUCUUCGAUCCGGAGAAAGAACGGGCUUUAUUAUCCGACGACCGGUUCGCGUGUAACCUGGAAGGUUAAUGUCGCGCGCGAUUCCGUUCACCUUCGUUUUGCGCCGCCGUCCACUCUACGAGUGAUU